AUGACAUACGCUAGCCUUGUUGAUCUGCUCUCCAAGGACUGGUCCGAAGAGCAAGCCCCAGUAGCAGACAUCCUGUCUGAUCCCCAGAAACUCCUGUUCAUCCUGGAGGACUUAGACAACGUCAAGUUCAACUUAAACAUACCUGAAUCCGCUUUGUGUAAUGACAGCAGGAAGAAGGUACCAGUGAACGUACUCCUGCUGAGUUUGCUGAAGAGAACAUUGGCCCCAGAUUCCUCAUUUCUCAUCACCACCAGGAUUGAGCCUCGCUCCCCCUCAGACACGAUAGCCAAGGAAACAGAUUUCACCUUCGUCCUGAAUUUCGGUGAUGAAGUAAGAAAGAGGUAUUUCACCUUGUUCUUUAAAGAUGAGAAGAGGGUUGAAACAGCCUUCAAGUUUGUCCAGGAGAAUGAAAUAUUAAUGGAUCUGUGCAGUGUGCCCAUCUUGUGCUGGCUCACUUGUAUGAACCUGAAACAGCAAAUGGACGAGGAUGAGGAAGAUGUCACAUUUCCAUUCCAAACAACCACUGAUGUAUUUGCCCAUUUUCUCGCCAACGCGUUGACGUCAGAGGCUGGCGUAGCCUGUGUUCGGCCUCGCCUGAUCCUACUGCAGCGUCUGUGUUGGCUGGCUUUUGAAGGGCUCUUACAAGAUGUGUUUCACUUCAGUGGGCAAGACCUCCUAAGUGUCGGGCUCAACGAGGCGGAUGCGUCUGUGUUGCAGACCACGAGGAUUCUCAUGCAGAGCACUGAACAUCAAGACCGCUGCAUGUUUAUCCACCUGCGUUUCCAGGAGUUUUGUGCCGCCAUUGCGUAUAUGAUGCCCUUGAACGCAUUCCUGCUUCCCUCAAUCCAGCAGCAGAAUUUAGGAAAGAGGGAAGAAUACAAUGAUCUCACUCCAAUCAUGACUCACAUUUUUGGUCUUCUUAAUGAGAAGACGAGAGAAAUUCUCGAGACAUCCUUUGGCUGCCUCCUGUUAUCGGAGAUACACCGGCAGCACUUCCUAGAAAGAGUGGAGAACUUGGGUGCCAAUCCAACAGCAAUGGAACACCACGUGCCUCUGUUUUAUUGUCUCUUUGAGAACCAGGAGGAGGAAUUUGCGAACAAGAUCAUGGACUUUUUUGUAGAAGCUACUGUUUUAAUCCAAGAAAACAAAGAUAUGGUCGUUGCAUCUUACUGUCUGAAACGCUGCCAUGCACUAGAGAAACUUAGAUUGUGUGUUCAAGGUAUCUUAGCAAUCAAGGAACCCGAUGUGAGUCUGACAUCUUGUAAACAGAGGAGCCUCGUCCUUUGGAAAGAAUUCUGCUCACUGCUCUACACCAAGGAGAACCUUCGAGAGCUGGAAAUCUGUAACAGUGUACUGGAUGAAACUUCGGAAAAGAUUCUUGGUAAAGCACUGAUGCAUCCUACCUGUCACGUGGAAACACUCAAGUUACUCUACUGUUGUAUCACCGAUGUCUGUUGCUUCUCUAUUGGGCGAGUUAUUAUGUUAAGCCAAACCCUAAAACACCUAGAUGUGAGUGUGAAUUUCCUACAGAAUUAUGGAGGAUUGAUCUUAGUUUUGUCCUUGUUGAUGCCAACCAGUCAGUUAAAGGAGUUGGAGUAA